AUGGACACUCUACUCACUGCGGACGUGGUCGCUAGCUCUCCUCGAUUCCGGAGGAAGUCAAGCACCUUUGUGGAUGCCAUCCAUGAUCUCCCAGAAAAGGCCGACAUGGCCCCGGCACAGCUCUAUAGCACCGAGUCCGGGAGGCUUUUUCACUCGGGUCGCAUUGUGAUCAUCACCGUUGGCCUGCCGGCCAGGGGCAAGACCCAUAUUUCGGUGGCUUUGGCUCGCUACCUCCGAUGGCUCGGAGUCAAGACUCGCAUCUUUCAUCUAGGGGACUAUAGACGGGCCACUAUUGGGCCAGGGCAAGAUAUGCCCGAUGACUAUUUCUUUGUCAAUGCUUCCGCAUCAUCAGUUCUCCUGCGGCAGAAGAUUGUAAAGAAGUGCCGUGAUGAUAUAGCCCAUUUCCUGUCCCACGAAAACGGCCAAAUAGCAAUCUACGACGCUGUCAACCCAAUAGCUGCCGGCCGUCGCUCGCUUGCCAAAGAGUUUUCCAAACAGAACAUAGAGACACUUUUUAUCGAGUCAAUGUGUGAUGACCCAAAGAUUAUAGAAGAAAAUGUCCGGAGCGUCAAGAUCUCUUCGCCCGACUACGUGAACUGGGAUGCCGACGAAGCUAUCAAGCAUUAUCUGGGACGUAUAUCUGCAAGGAUCCCACACUUUGAAACUAUGGAGGAGAAAGACCUCAACUAUAUCAAGAUGAUCAAUGCAGGCGAGCGCCUGAUUGUCAACAACUGCAGCUUUGGAUAUCUUUCCCACAGAAUUGUGUUCUAUCUUCUUAACCUCCACAUCAAAGCAAGGCAUACGUAUUUCGCCAGGGCUGGGGUUUCAUUGGACGCAAACUCUUACAAACAAGACUCAUCAUUAUCAGAGAGAGGCGAGGACUAUGCGAAGAAAAUGACGGACGUUUUGUUGCAACAUCGGGAGUCUGAAAGAAAAGCUCUGCUCGAACAAGGAGAGUCACCUGCUGCUUUGAAACCGUUGACUGUGUGGACAUCGACUAGACGUAGAACGGUUGAGACUGCAAAGUGCCUGCAUGAAAAAGGCUAUACGGUUCGCCAGAGAUCACAACUAAGCCAGUUGAAUCCCGGGGUGUGUGAGAAAAUGUCAGAACACCGCAUCAGGCUGGAGUACCCUGAAGAAGUUGCAAAGCACGAGGCAGAUCCUUACCACCAUCGUUAUCCCCGAUCAGAGUCUUAUCAUGAUUUAGCCGUGCGACUGGAGCCAAUCAUCCUUGAACUGGAACGAGAGCACAACGACCUUCUCAUUAUUGCCCAUGAAAGUGUGCUUAGAGUGUUAUAUGGUUAUUUGAUGGCCUGCAAUGCCGCUGAUAUUCCAUUUUUAUCGUUCCCUCGUGACGAAAUCAUCGAGAUUAUUCCAGCUAGCUAUCAAAACGAAGCAAGGAGGGUCAAAAUCCCGGAUUUGCCAGAGGAGACCAUUCCCGCAUCCCCGGAGGACAUCAAGAUCCCUGUACCUCCCAGUGGGUACACUUCACCUACGGCAGGUCUGGGAACUCCGGCGACGGGCGGGUCAACGCCCCAGAGCGGGUUCCGGACCCCCAGAGAGCCCGAAAGGCUCACCCAGCAGCACGUGGAAGACGUGGUGUAG